AUGCAUUUCGAGCGACGCCACCCGACGGUUGGUCCUCCAAAAGGAUCAUCGAUGUUGGGAACUUUCUGCACGACGCUGUUGAUUGCAUUCUUGGCGGCGACGCAGUUCCCGUUCGCUGAUGGUUAUCGCAUGCAGCGGACUCAAUCCAGCUGCUACUACAACGGAACGCACUUCAUGGAAGGUUCGAUCGUGCCGACCAAGGAACCUUGCUUGAUGUGCAAAUGCACGGAUAAGACGCUUAUUUGUGCGUUAAAAGUGUGCCCUGAACAACCUAUUCCACCACCAAGAGGUUGCAUUUUGGUGCACAAAGCUGGCUCUUGUUGCCCUUACUUGCAGUGCUCGAAGCUGAACCUUGCACUGAAAAAUCACGGUGAUCGUAAGAAGCUACAUUUCUUGGACUACUACGAAAAAGCGGCUCAGGAACGAUUAGAAAAUCCAAAUUCCUACCUGCGCCGCUCAGAUGAUGACGAGGUGGAAGAUAAUGGAGCUUGUAUCGUGAAUGGAACGGUGUACAAAUCUGGUUCCGCGAUGGUUAGUUCAUCACUCUGUUCGUACUGCUACUGCAUCAAUGGACGGCAGAAAUGCGUGAAACCAAAGUGCGCACUGGCGAAUCAAAAGUGUGCCCCCGUGUUUGUCGAUUCUGCCUGCUGUCCCAUCCGGUACGAUUGUACUGGAAAAACUCCAAUCAAAAAUAGUGCAAUCGAGCAGUCGAGCGAAUCGGCGAACCACGUCCGGAGGAUCAAUAACAAGCACUACCAGCGUAUGUCGGAUCGUAGAGGCUAUCGCAGCAACGGAUGCACCGUUGGUACCCACACGUAUCCGGAUGGUGAGAAAAUGAAGUCGGAAGAUCCGUGUGAGGCGUGCUACUGCAUUCGAGGACAGCGGAAGUGUACACCCAAGAAAUGCGCUCCUCCUAUAAAGGGCUGUACACCUCGAGUACCGCGUGGAGAGUGUUGCGCGGUUCGAUACGACUGUAAGCACGGUGAACAGAAACCAUUCGGACGUAAAAUGGAAGACGAAGAGGAAUCGUUCGACUUCUUCACUAUCCUCUUUGGGCCGGAUCCUGAUGCACCCAAGGAGGAAGCGAAGAAUGCUUCUCAGACGAUUGAAGUCCCGCCAGUCACUGAGGCGGCUCCAGUAAGCACCACUUCGGAGAAGAGCUUCCUAGAUUUGUUGCGGGCUGGGUUGGACUUUAUCGAUGACGCUGGAGAAGACGAAUUGCUACUAAGUACUACCACCUCACCGGAAGUGGGCACAGUCACGUCCACGGAAGCGUCCCAUGAGCUUCAAACAGUGAAAGUGGAAAUCAUUCAAGAGCCGCAAGCGAUUUACAUCGAAAAGCCGGACUUUAAUUUCCCUGUAAGGAACAUUCCACCGGUACCGAUCAUGUUUAAACCGCUGCCCAAGAUUCCAACUCUUCUGAUGAAUGAACCGAGUUUCCAAAAUCUGGAAUCGGAUUCUCUGCUGAAGGAAAAUCUAACGGAAGUAUCGAACUCUCUUACGGAAACGACCGACAAAAACGUCCCUACAACGGAUGUCUACGAAGAGAAAACAGAAACGUCGUCAUCGAUUCCUGUGACUACUAGUACCAAAACCACCACAACUACCACUUCUACUACUAUAAAACCAACAACAACAGCUAAUACGAAGAAGGAUAAACCUACUACAACUGCUCUUCCUAGUACUGUUAAACCAACUCCAAAGAUUCCUACCGCCCCGGUCACAAGAAUGCCUGUGACACGUACUACUACCACAAGUACUACAACCACUAGUACUACCACGAAACCUACUACUAGCCGUACAACGUCUACAACAGUAACUGCUUCCACCUUGAAAACGUCUACUCCGACAACAACUACAGAAAUGCCACGAGACAUUCCACCGAGGCACUCCACUACGAACGCUCCCUCAACUACGAUAGUACCAGUAGAAGUUUCGUCAACCGCUACCAAACGAAAUCUAACUGUUGUAUCAAAAAUAGUACCUAAUAUUUCGACUACCUCAGUUGAGCCGAGUACCACCAUUACUCCAUUGAAAAAAGUAGAAUUUUCAACAUCGUCUAGUUUAUCUUUUAGGACAUCUCCCACAAAAAGUGUAGAAAGGAUCUCCUCGGUUGCGAGCUCUACAACACAUAAGCCUUUGAAAACUACUUCAGCAACUAUUACACCUGCAUCAACGAUCGUAUCAUCCUCGACGAAGAAACCAGCCGUGCUGGAAAGGCUGGUAGUGACUACUCCCAAGAGUGCUAGUUCCACGCCAGUCGAUGUGGUGAUAAAGAUUGAUCAGUUGGUCGAUAAAUCGACGGUUGAAACUAUUCUCAACUCACUUAAUGCCAAAAUCGAAAAGGUCGCGAAAGUGACGGCUAGCGAGCCGAUUAUCACGACAACAAUUGCUACGAAGCGACCGAAUAAUAAAUUCGUUGGUUUCGGUCUAGCUAAGGUUUCCACACCUGUACAACCGAAGACCACAACGACCACAACAACGGAACCCAUGGAAUCGACUGUGUUAAUCGACGAGGUGACUACUGCGGUAGUGGCUGAAAGUGAGGUUACUUCUACGGUUGAACCCGAGUCUACUACUGUGAUGCGAGAAAGUACUAAGCAACCGACAGAAGAGGUUAUGACGAGUACGCAACAAUUCAGUGAGAGUGAGGAAUCAACAACGAUGACAUCAACCAUCUCAUCGGAAUCUUCGACGAUUCCAGAAGACUUUACUGAGACCACAACGGAACAGAUGGAUUCGAUGGUCACCUCUAACACGGAAUCAUCCCAUGAGGCAUUGAGAACGGAACUGUUCAUUGCAGAGAAUAAUGAUACCAUCACUACCACUCCAGCAACUACACCUGUAGCUCCCACAAAGCUUACAACCCCUCCGAGUCGUCCAGCAAAUCCAUUGAAGGAAAACAAUCUGCUCUCGGUGCUGCUCAGUGGCCUUUCGAACAUCUUCGAUGCGACGAAGAACGACUCGGGUAAGCAGUCGCAGAAAAACCGCACCGAAUAUAGACCCCUUACACCGAAACCGAUACCGAUCAGCGGGUUCCAUAAGAUCAGCAAUAUUCCCUCGAUUUUGGAAACGGAUGUUGGCCUGGACUACGACGAGCCAACGUUGCCACCAAGUUUGCCUAAUCUAAAGAUUAUUCCAUUCCUGCCGGCUGACGCCGUGAAAAAGAACGAUCCUCCUAAGCCAGCGAAUAUCAUUCCGCCGACGUAUACGUACUUCAAGAACCACCCCAACAAUUAUCCGAUUGUGAACGACCCGUACGAGGUUCCGACGGCCUAUGGAAUGGGCAGCGAACAUGAAAUACUUCAUCCUGGAUUGACGUACAAGACACACGCUAAGCCGAUGACUGAGUACGAGUAUACGUACGAUCCUGCGAUCAACUACCCGGCGUUGACGGAGAAUUACGACAUCGAUGCUAAGAAUGGAUACUACAACACCAAAAUCAUUCGCGAUAAGUACGAUACGGUGGACGAAACGGACUAUGAUUAUGACACGGACACCAUUCACAAGUACGCAGAGCAUCCACAGAAGCAGGAUUUGUUCAAGAACGAGUUGAAAAAGUUCAUCCCCACCAAGUACGAAGUACCGCAGGAGGGAACGUACGUGCCGGUGUACGACAAGUACGGUGUGGGUUAUCCUGAGAAAAAUGUGUACUAUACCAACCACAAGGAGUUAGCAUAUGGCGGAGCGAAGCUGGACAAGGUGCAAGCGAGCACCGAUAAUCCGCUGUUUCGCAUCGAUGGAACCGAUAUGAGCGGGUUCUCUCCUCCGACGAAGACGGAAGGUGGAUUCGUACCAAAAGAGCCCAUCAAGGAUGAGUUCUACUACGAGAGCUACGCAACGACACCAUUCCCGACUGGUGAACUGUCGACAGACGAUCACCACGUGAAGUUACCAUAUAACGUCUCAUCAACCAGUUCCUAUGGAGCAACCCCAGCCAAUCCGUUCAUCGAUGUCAUUCGAACGGAGCCAGCACCUCCGUUGAUGUCACUGAUCGAGGACAAGGAGAAGCUACUGUCGAAUCUGCAAUCGCAUAACGCUUCCCUGGAGGAUCUUCUGGGUGACUCCGACGAAGGAAGCGAUGAAUACGAGAAGCAGAUCAUAUCGAUAACGACCGACGUGAACUAUUUGUCCUCCGUUUCUCAUGAAGAAACCGCAACUCACCGUACGACACCGUCGAAGCCAAACUUUACCGGUUUCGAGCUCAACUUCCCCGUAUCGGUAGACCACUCGGUAGAACCCAUCUCGGCGACUUCCAAGCCGACGACCAACAGCGACUCGAGCCAUGAACCCGAACCAAGUGGAAUGUUUAGCCUCGAGAACAUGUUGAACUUUUUGUUGCGUGAAGAAGAUCCCAUUCACGAGAACAAACUGCGGAACGGCACUGGUGGCGAUGCGGCUUCCUCUAGCUUGGCGGAUGGAAUUCCACCGUUUAAAACGUUGCCCUCUCGCUUGACGUCGGUGUACGAUCCUUCUGUGGGGCUUGAGACUUCUCUUGGUGAGGUGAAACCUCCUUCAGACGAGGAACUACACGAUGGUACGGUCACACUGAAGGUAGAGAGCGCUAAAAACGACACGAAGGCGCUUUAUCGACCAUCGCUGUUGGACCUGCCGUUCCUUAACCCAGGAUUCCACACGAAGCCCAUCAAUCAACCGGAACCGGACACGGAAUCACAGAACGAGCUGGAUCGGUACGGGUAUGGUGUUUCCGAACGGCACACCGAUCAGUACCAGGUGAUCGCAGGUGGUGCUCCUAGCAUCAACGCGAACUCGUACGUUGUUAACCCGGUGGACAUCAACAAACUGAAGCAGCAUCAUUCCGAGGGCACGGCUGAGAUUACCAUGAAGUCUAAGGUGAAGGAUACGGUGGGCAUUCUGAAGCUGGCCGGGUGCAACAUUUACGGACGGAUGUACCGGGUAGGCAGGAUCAUAUCUGAGCUGUCUGGACCGUGUCUCGAGUGCAAAUGUACCGAGGUCGGUGUCCAUUGCACUCCAUUGGACUGCAGAAGGCGGCGAUAG